AUGUCUUCACCUGAAUCCCAUGUCUCUGAUACGAAGCAAGAUGUCAUGACUUUGACAACUUCUAUCCAAGAGGAACCCACCACUCUCCUAUCGGAAAUCCGCAAAUAUCCCAAAAUCUCCGCUUAUGCCCUAGGUCUAGCCCUCGCCUUCCUCCUGACAGGCUACGACACUGUCAUUCUCGGCACAAUCACCGCAGUCCCGUAUUUCAAGCUCGAAUUUGGCGAACUCUAUAACGGCAGCUACAUCAUCCCUUCAGCAUGGCUAUCAGUCUGGAGCGCAAUUCAACCCAUCGGCGCGAUGUUCGGAGCCGCCGUUGCAGGUUGGUUCCAAGAUCGAGUCGGACGCCGCUGGUCACUAGCUCUUAGCUGCGUGAUCUGCGCUAUCGGUAUUGCUAUCGCUUUCUGCGCCAACCUUCCUGCUGAGAUGGGGUCUAGAAGAGGCACUUUUCUCGUUGCUAGGGUUAUUCAGGGUGUGGGCGUUGGAGGUGCGAUGGCUGGUGCUCAGACUUAUUUAUCUGAGACUGUCCCUGUUAGUCUUCGUGGCUCGGCUAUGGCGUUGAGUCCAACAUUCAUGCUUCUCGGUGAGCUUAUUGGAGCGGCGGUGAUCUUUGCGUGCGAGCAUAAGGUUUCUGAUGCGGCUUAUUUGAUUCCGUUUGGGACGCAGUGGAUCACUACUCUCUUGCCGUUCCUGUUGGCGAUUUUCAUGCCGGAGAGUCCUUCGUAUUUGCUGCGGAAGGGGGAAAAUGAGAAGGCGCUUAGUGCGAUGAGGUCUUUGCAUACCGCUAGUAUGGAUGUGGGGCCUCUUUUGGAACAGAUGAGGACCUCAAUUAUUCAUGAGGAACAGCUUUCGGCAGAGUUGUCGUAUGCUGACUGCUUCAGGGGUGUCAAUCUGCGUCGGACUAUUAUCGUCGGGUUUUCCUUCAUGGUUCCUAGCUUGUUUGGUGUUCCACUGCUGUCCAGCGCAAGUUACUUCAUGCAGGUUGUGGGCAUGUCGUCGAGCCUCAGUAUAAUUAUCCUUAUUGUCGGCAUCGUCUUGGGUCUUUUCGCCAAUGCGAUCGGUGUUUGGUUGAUGAGUCGAUUUGGGCGACGUCGCUUGAUGCUUGGUACUUUGGCAGUCACCACGGUUAUCUGGCUGAGUAUGGGAAUAGCAGGCUGCUGGUCUGGGAACGCUGUUAUCUGGUACACUGCUGCUUGCAUGAUGGCCGUCGUCAUCGUUUGCGGAAUGGGUGCUUGGCCCGCAUCAUACGCCGUGUCUGGCGAGGCCUCUUCAUUGCGUCUCCGUGCAAAGACACAGGGUGUUGGUGUUCUUUGCUACAUGUUGUCUAAUGUUGUUUUCAAUCUCAUUCUUCCGUACAUUUACAACACCGAUGAAGGCGACCUCAAAGGAAAGACUGGUUUCGUAUAUGCCGGGCUAUGCUUCAUGGCUUGCGCAUUGACAUGGCUUCUCGUGCCGGAGAUGAAGGGUCGCUCAGUCUUGGAGAUUGAUGCUAUGUUUGAGGCAAAGCUACCAUGCAGGGAAUUUGUGCACUGGACCGGCGAAGGAGGAUCUUUGGGUGGCGAUAAGGUAUAG